AUGUCGGCUCUUACCAACUACAUUGUCAAGCGCCCCCUGCUGAAGCGCUGGUUGACCCCCAUCGCUAACUGGUAUACCGAUGCGGCUGGUUACAGGAAGCUUGGUCUGAGGUUCGAUGACUUGCUUCCUGAGGAGUCUGACACUGUCCAAACUGCCAUCAAGCGCCUACCUCCCAAGGAAGCUUACGACCGUAUCUUCCGCAUCCGCAGAGCUUUCCAGUGCUCUAUCUCCCAUACCCUCCUCCCUCCCGCGGAGCAAACCAAGCCCGAAGAGGACGUCGAAUAUCUCAGCCCCAUCAUCCGCGAGGUCGAGAAGGAGAAGAAGGAGCGCGAGGAGCUCGACCUGCUUGUUGUCAAGAAAUAA